CUUUGUACUUAACCACAACCACGAAGUCUCCUUGCAAAGUUUUUAUCUGCUCACUUGUCCCACUCAGACUCAGGCUUUAUCUCAUGCUUCGACCUCCACUCAGCUAAUACAUGUUUAUUUCGGAAAAAGUCCACAAGUAUCGUACUUCGUUUCCAUUAUCUUCGAUAUGCUGUCAAUUAGCUAAGCCGCACCCUAUAUCUGACCACCAUGACCUCCGCAGGAAUUGUGAAUAUUUGUCGCGACGUUGACGUCAAGUUCUACCGCUACCGCAUGCCACUAAAAUCGAGGGCAAAGGCAAUGACAUCAAAACUGUCGUCCCUAACAUGGCGGAUAUCCUGUGAACUCGGUGCACAGACCCCCUUCAAUGACAAGAAUGAACGCUACAUCAUCGUCAACGGCGCUCAUCACGCCUCCGGGAGUCGCUUGACGUCUUCAUCGACAAAUUUGUGCUCUGUCGUUCAUGCAGGAUCCCUGAGAUGGACCUUUUCAUCCUCAAAAUGGUCGCAUCGAGGAUGUUGUCAGGGAUUGUAAAGCCUGUGCUAAAGGAACGGGUGUCAACAUGAAGCACAAGCUCGUCACCCUCAUUUCGAAGAACCCGAAGAAGAGCAAGAAGAGUGUCAAG